AUGUCUGCAUGCUAUAUCUCUUUUUUGUUGCAGGAUUCUUCCCAAGACAGAAGUAGUCAAGGACCCAAUACACCUCCAGGAAGGCAUGCAGCUCCAGAAUCGCCCACACCACCAGAAACAGAUACAGCCGCAGAUACAUAUACACUUUCAGAAAUGGAUGUACCGGUUACUCCUAUACAACGUAGAGCUAACAAACGAAAAGGAUCAACUGAAUUUGAGGAAUCACAAACACGGAAUGAACUAUUGAAAAUGGCUUGCGAACAUCUUCGCACUUCUAACAAGGAAGUGGAGAUUUUGGCAAAAAGUUGGGCAUUAGAGUUCAUGAAGCUCUCAUCAGAUCAGCAAAUUUAUGCUAAAAAAGCCAUAAAUGAUGUUUUAUAUGAAGGGCGCUUGGGAACUUUACAUAGACAUUCAGUUGUUAUAAAUGAACCCCCUGUACGUACCCCCCUUGAAAUUUCAUCCUGCCAAUCAUUCUCGUCACAUUCAAAUUCUGUCCCAUCAUUCCCGUCUCCAAACCCAGUACAGGUAACUGAUGAUACUACACAACUACAAUAUACGGUAAUAGGAGAACUACUCACUGACCCACAAUAUAACUAA